AUGGGAAGAAUCUUUUACACCAACGUGACUGAGUUCAUCCUUCUGGGAUUCUCCGGGUUUUCUCCUUUCCUUCAGAACGUUCUCUUCACCUUCUUUCUCUUUGGCUACGUUCUCACGUUGUUUGGAAACGGUCUCAUCAUUCUCACUGUUACAUUAGACCAUGGUCUUCACACCCCUAUGUACUUCUUCCUGAGGAACCUCUCAUUCCUUGAACUCUUCUUCACCACUGUCACGGUUCCUAAGGUUCUGGACGACUUGCUGUCUGAGACGAGGUCCAUCUCCUUUGUUGGUUGUGCUGCUCAGAUGUUUGUUUUCUUUGCUAUCGCAAUAUCUGAAUGUGUUUUCCUCGCUCUGAUGGCCUUUGACCGAUAUAUGGCCAUCUGCCACCCCCUGAGGUACAUGUAUGUGAUGAACCCAAACAUUUGCGUGCAGUUGACGGCUGGAUCAUGGAUGAUUGGGUUCUUGGUGUCUUUUGGGAACACAUGCUAUAUUUUCAGCCUCCCCUACUGCGGCUCUAACCUGGUCGCUCACUUCUUCUGCGAUGCUUCUCCUGUGCUUAACCUGAUCUGUGGUGACACCUUCAAAUUUGAACUCUUUAUCUUAGUUGUCUGUGUUGUUGGGGCUGCAAUCCCAUUCCUUCUCAUUCUUUGCUCAUACAUUAACAUCCUGUCCUCCAUCAUGCUCAUCCACUCCGCUGAAGGACGUCACAAAGCUCUGUCUACGUGUGGCUCACAUCUCACCUCUGUUUUUCUCUUCUAUGGGACGUCCAUGUUUGUUCAUCUCCGUUUAGGGUCAGACCUGUCCCCAGUUAAUGAUAUGAUGUUGGCUUUAUUCUAUUGCAUCAUAAUACCAGCCCUCAAUCCUCUGAUCUAUAGUCUAAGGAACACGGACAUGAAGAAGGCUCUCCGGAAGCUCAUUUUGAAUCCACUGAAAAGUUAUUAA